AUGAUUGCGUCCGUGCACGGCAGCCUGAGCAGCUCCAGCGACAUCGACGACGAUAAACGGAACACCCCUGGCGACUCCGGAGAGAUGCCGUCGACGCAAAGUACCGAAAACUUGGGUAUUGAUUCGCAAAGUUCGACUUCGUUCUCUGUGCCACAGGCACCUGCGCAGGAAGAACCGGGGAACCCUCCAGAAGUAACACCAUUGGUAACCAGUCGUCUUGAUGCUCUCCUUUCUGAGUACGACAAGCUCGCCAAUGGGCUGGCGGAAUCAUGCAAGCGCCAUGGCUCACCAGAUAAAGAUAACGAAAGUCCUUACUCUAGUCACCUCGAACCUAUUCGUCAGCUGCCCACUCGACUGUGA